AUGUCUUCCGAUCCUUCCAGCAACCAACAGGCUGCGCCCAAGAUGCGUCCCGUCACCGGAGCUUUCUUGCUUAAGCAGAGUCCUCACCAUCUCUCGCAUGACAUCAAGGACAUUCUCGAGAAGCAUGGCGUCAAGCUCUCUCCCGGCUGUUCCCAAGAGCUCACCCGAUACCUCAACGACAAGCUUGAGGCGUACCCCAUCCCUUUCGACCCCAAGCGUCCCAACCUCCAGGCGGAUCUCGACAACAGUGCUCGUCUUCGCGAUAGGAGGGCUCAGCUUAAGGACCAGGGUGCGACUUCGGAGACACCCGCGAGGACGCUUCAUCGAUCGCGUCCCGACACCUUCUCGCGGUUCGGCAAGCCUCGCAACAUCAACGAGUCUUUCAUGGACGUUCCGUGGAACGAUCCAGUCUCGCCAUCCAUGUUGCAACCGCCGAUACCUGUCAGCGUAAACUCGCUGCUUCAGGGCUGGCCUCUGAAAGAGAAGUCAGUCGCAGCUGUGAAGACGCCGGCCAAGGUCGAGAAAGAGCAGUCUGUGAAGGCCGAGAUCCAGAACUCCGUGAAGUCCGCGAAAGAGCCUUCCGUCAAGGUCGAGAUCGAUCGACCUAUUAAGACUAAGAUCGGAUCGGCCAACACCAUGAAGCCGACCUUAUUGAAGCGAGAGCGCGCCGACGAUUACCUCGAUGUCGCGACAGAGGAGCUUGCCGAGCGCGCGCCCCUGGAGGUCGAUCCCAAGCCUGCGCCUGCUCCCGCCAUCAAGGCUGAAAAGGCCACGACCACGAGCGCUAAGCGCACCCUCAACGCUCUCGAAGAGAUGGACUCCGACGCCGUCUCCUUCACUUCUGACAACCUCGGCGCUGUCAAGAAGACCCGCCCCGCUGUCAAGCAGACACCAUCCUCCGCACCCGCCAUCGAGGUCGAGAACAACAACUCCGGCUUCCAGAGCUCCAUCGGCUCUUCCAAUUCUUCGGGCUUCCAGUCUUCGGUUGCAGGUGUCAAACAGGAGUUCCAGGAAACGCCUGACACCACGUACCUUGGUGAGUCGCAGCAGACUCUGGGCCGGUCGCAGAGCCCUUUCAGCCAAACCCAAGGUUUCCCGAACUCUUUCUCCGGCAGCCGCUUCGGCAGUCAAUCCUUCCUGAGCUCUCCCGGUUCAGUGACUUCGCAGACGUCCGGACGUGUCGAGAUCAAUCCGCGUCGCUCUGCUAGACUAUCUCAGGCUAAGACGACCGCUGCCGUCCCAUCAGCUCCGUCAGCUUCCGCCUCCUCAGCUCCUCCAGCUCCGUCUCCUACGCCAUCUUCCGCCUCCUCUCUUGGUGUGAAGCGCCGUCGCUCCGCCAGCCUUGCAGACGAGGUAGAGCAAGUAGAGCGCCAGGGUCGCAACAAAAAGUUCGUGACCAAGGAUGUGGUCGUGAAACAGCGCGAGGCUCGCAAUAAUGAGGAUGCAAAGGACAACAAGCGCAGUAGCGCCCAACGUCGUGCCUCGGUGCUUCGUCGCCGCCCGAUUUGA